AACUUUUUUUUAAAUAAUGCCUACAAGAUACAUUAAAUCAAUAAAGAAAACAUUACACACACUACAAGACCAUGUAUUUGACGCACACACGCAUGCCAUGCAUAUACUAUUUAUUGUCAAACUUUUGUUCUUGACGUCUGUGUUCAAAUUGAGAACAGAUUAAAUAUUGUUUGUCUGUAUUAAUAUUUUUUUAUAGUGUAGCCUUGGCGAAAUUUGUGAUUAUAGAAGUAUAAAAUACAAUCAUAAUAGUGUACAAACUUACAAUUCCAAUUAAUUGUAGUCGAAUUUCGACUACUGCGGGACCUCUAGUAAUGUUAAACAUGUAUUUUUUACAGUUUCGGAAAUAAAUGUCAAUUAACUUCCAACGUUUCAGCUCAAACUCACGAUACGAUAAACAAUUUAAUCUAAUGUCCAGUUUAAAAGACUGAAUGCUACUACGAUGUCUCGCAAAGCAGCUAAAUGUUUCAUUAUUGUUUUUGUUAUAUGGGUUGUGUCUUUAGUGACAGUGGUAAGAGAAUACAUGUCCAACAGAGUAAUUGUGAGUGAUGCCAAACAGUAUAAUCAUGCUCUCAAUAAAUUAAAGAAAAAACAAGGAAGUACAACUCUAUCUGAUUUUGAAGUUUGGAAUUUAUUUCCAUCAGUUGGGAGUAAAUUAUCAUUGAACGAGAAAUUAUCGCUUAUUAAGGGUCCCGAUAUGCCACCAGGAGUGAACGGAAAGCCAGUGUUCUUGGAGAAGGAUUUAAGAACCUAUGUCGUUCAACUAGUGAAAAAAGGUUGGAAAGAGCAUGCUUUCAAUGAGUUUGUCAGUGACCUGAUACCUUUGAAUCGAAGUCUAUUGGACCCUAGAGACGAAUGGUGUAAAUAUAGAAACUAUUCCACACAGCUACCCAGAGCUUCCGUUGUUAUUUGUUUCCAUAAUGAAGCCUGGUCUACACUUCUAAGAACGGUACAUUCAGUAUUGAACCGAACGCCGCGCUAUCUUUUAAAAGAAAUCAUUCUUGUUGAUGAUUUCUCUAAUAUGAAUCAUCUACAAGAUCCAUUGUACGAAUACGUUCGAAAAAUUGAAAGUAUAAUUCUCGUUCGAACAAGUCACCGACUGGGUCUUGUCAAAGCUAGACUGCUGGGAAUAAAGUAUGCCAGUGGUUCUGUUAUAGUAUUUCUUGAUAGUCACUGCGAAUGUACUGCAGGCUGGUUAGAGCCUCUAUUAGAUCGUAUAGUACAAGAUGAUACACGGGUGGUCAGUCCGGUUGUAGACAGCAUACACGAGGACACUUUUGAAUAUGUAGCACAAGAUAUAAACGAUCUAAGAAUUGGUGGAUUCAACUGGAAUCUGCGUUUCGUUUGGGAAGGAAUUCCUCAAGAGGUUUUUUCAGAAAGGGAACACCCAGCUGCUCCAAUUCAAACCCCGACAAUAUCGGGAGGGCUAUUUGCGAUUAAUGCGAAAUUUUUUGAAAGGCUCGGUUUCUAUGAUGACCAAUUUGAAAUUUGGGGAGCAGAGAAUCUAGAACUAUCUUUUAAAACUUGGAUGUGCGGCGGCUCUUUGGAAAUUGUGCCAUGUUCUCAUGUCGGUCACGUAUUCAGAAAAAAGUUUCCUUACAGAAAAGAAGGCCAAACGUUCAGAAAGAAUUUCGUACGACUAGCUGAAGUUUGGUUGGAUGAUUACUCUAAAUACUUUUACCAAAGAAUCGGAAAUAAAAAAGGUAACUUUGGUGACGUGUCACAAAGGAAAGAACUAAGAAAAAAGUUGAAUUGUAAAUCAUUUAAGUGGUAUCUAGACAAUGUUUAUCCUCAGAUCAGAUUACCUGUGGACGAUGCUGCAAAUGGACAAAUUUAUCAUUUAACUAAGGGUCUUUGUUUGGAUUCAGCAAACACAUUGGGUAACCUUAGGGAGAGUGUUAUCUUGUCAAAAUGUCACUCACAAGGAGGGAAUCAAUACUGGACCUACACGAAAUACGGUGAAAUUCAACGAGAUGAUUUAUGUUUAGAUUAUAUUUUAAACAUGAUUACAUUGUUUAUCUGCAGAGGGCGUGUUGCGUCACAGAUUUGGUACUAUGACAUGCAUACUAAAGCAAUAAGAAAUAAAAACAGCAACUUAUGUUUGAGCACAGCCAAAUAUCAUACAGGAUACAAACUAGUGUUGAAAAGGUGUUUAGAUACUAGUAAUCAGAAAUGGAUAAUAGAAAACUUCGAUGGCAAAAAAUUGAAACUAAAAUGAUUUUUUUUUUUACGAAAUAAAAAAUAUAUAUUUAGAUGAAUUUAAAAUAUAUUGUAAUAUUGAUACAUCAUUUUUUUAAAUUAGCAUUAAGAAGUUACAGUAGAACACCCAAACAAGAAUAUCCGUGUUAACAAUCGAAAAAAUUAAAUAAACGCUUUGUAACGUAA